AUGAUAUUGGAGCAGUCCCCAGGCCCCGCCCCAGGCCCCGCCCCCAGACCCCGCCUCCAUACACCGCCCCCAGGCCUCCCCCCCAGGCCCUGCCCCCAAACACCGCCCCCAGGCCCCGCCCAAAUACACCGCCCCCAGGCCCCGCCCAAAUACACCGCCCCCAGGUCCCGCCCAAAUACACCGCCUCCAGGCCCGCCCCCAGGCCACGCCCCCAGGCCUCGCCCCUAUACACCGCCCCCAGGCCCCGCCCCCAGGCCCCGCCCCCAGGCCCCGCCUCCCAGCGACCGUUCCCUGAAGACGGGUCGACGUCACCGCCUUUCCGGGCAUCGAGUCCCACGCUCUCCUGGUGGCGUUUAUUAA